GUGCGCUGCACGCGGCCAGAAGGGACACUUUAGCGUGCGCUUAGCCCUCUGACCUGCGGUCUCCGGGUGGCAGGUGGCCGGUCGGGCGGUGCGCUGUGGUGGUGGUGGUGGAGGGUGGCCCGGCGCGUUCCUGGGGUCUCCAGAAACCAGGGAUACCGAAGACUUGGUGAGAGCACCAGGCCACCCUGGCUUGCUCCUGCCCCUGAGCGUCCUGCCUCAGCGAAGCUCACCUACUGGCGAGGUGUUGUGGGUUGUGUAUGGUGUUUUCAAGUUUUGUGGCCCACGUUCCCAGCCUCACAAAACACUGCCCACGUGAAUCUUACUUCCCAUAUCACUUCACAGUUCCAGAUUUUGGCUUGUCAUUUGUUAAGAAAUUUUGUGCAAACCCCCACCACCACCACCUGCUUUCCUUAUCUGUAAAUGUUUUUGUGUUUAGAGGGCCUGGUGUAUUCCUUUAAAUGUGUUCCCGUGUUGGUCCUUUCACUGAAGAUAUUUUACCUUUUUUCUCUCUAGUGCAUGUUUCACUGUGAUAUUAUAAUAAAAAUUAGGGCAGGCAGGGAUGUCAAAAACCAUCCAGUCUUCAUUUUAUAGAUGAGAUGAAGUGAUUAGUAUCACUAGAUCAGUGGAUCUCCUUAGUGGUGGGAUUUAUUUGCAGAGUAGGUGAUUUGCAGAAUGUCCCCAAGUUCCAAGCCUGGACACUGUGAGGGGAAACCACCAACAUAGCCAUGCUGAGAUUUAUUUGUCCCUUGGGUUUCUGCGAUGUUCUGAUGCCAGCUCACAGUAUCCUUUUGUCCCAAGCUUUCCGCUUGGCCCUCAUCCAGCUUCAAGUUUCUUCCAUCAAAUCAGAUAAUGUCACUCGAGCUUGUAGCCUCAUUCGGGAGGCAGCAAAGCAAGGAGCUCAAAUAGUUUCUCUGCCUGAAUGCUUUAAUUCUCCAUAUGGCACAAAAUAUUUUCCUGAAUAUGCAGAGAAAAUUCCUGGUAAAUCCACACAGAAGCUUUCUGAAGUAGCAAAGGAAUGCAGCAUAUAUCUCAUUGGAGGCUCCAUCCCUGAGGAGGAUGCUGGGAAAUUGUAUAACACCUGUGCUGUGUUUGGGCCUGAUGGAACUUUACUAGUAAAACACAGAAAAAUCCAUCUGUUUGACAUUGAUGUUCCUGGGAAAAUUACAUUUCAAGAAUCUAAAACAUUGAGUCCUGGUGAUAGUUUCUCCACAUUUGAUACCCCUUACUGCAGAGUGGGCCUGGGCAUCUGCUACGACAUGCGCUUUCCUGAGCUUGCACAAAUCUAUGCACAGAGAGGAUGCCAGCUCUUGGUGUAUCCUGGGGCUUUCAAUUUGACCACUGGACCAGCUCACUGGGAGUUGCUUCAACGAGGCCGGGCUGUUGAUAAUCAGGUGUAUGUGGCCACAGCCUCUCCUGCCCGGGAUGACAAAGCCUCAUAUAUUGCCUGGGGACACAGCACUGUUGUGAAUCCUUGGGGUGAAGUCCUAGCCAAAGCUGGCACUGAAGAAAUGAUCCUGUAUUCAGAUAUAGACCUGAAGAAGUUGGCUGAAAUACGUCAGCAGAUCCCAAUUUUAAGACAAAAGCGAUCAGACCUCUAUGCAGUGGAGCCAAAAAAGCUCUAAGGAUUAUGUUUCCAAUAUGUCACAAAACAAGAUGUGAUUCUGCAGCAUAAUAAACACCCUUGUUGAGUCCUUUUUCUGGGGAGGGGUGUUGGGGAGUGAACCCAGGCAUCAUACCUGCUGAGCACAUGGCUCAGAGUUCUACUCCUGUUGCCUACUGAAUAAAUCCUUUUUUCUUUUUUUUUUUAUUUUAGCGUUUGUUUGUUUUUUUUUUUGAGGCUGGCCUUACAUUCACUCUGGAACCCAGGCUAGCUUUGAACUUGCAGCAAUCCUCCUGUCUCGGCUUUCUGAAUGCUUGGAUUAUAAGCACAUGUCACCAUGCCUCACUAAAUUUUAGCCUUUUCAUAUCCAGAGAACUCUACUGAGUGACAGAGCAUCAGCAUGCUCAUUCUCCACACCAUAUUACAUAGAAAGGGCACAGGCCAGUGUCAAAGUAGAAAAAGGAGGGGCUGGCUCUGAGGUUUCUGCCAUUCUUAAGUCACCUCAAAGCAGUUGGUGGAAGUAACAGAUCUUGGUAUCCUGGUGGUUGAGUCACCUAAUACCAAUAUGUUUAUGUAACAAACCUCUUAUCCCACUUACUGGAGUUGGAACCCAUUAUCUGGAUAACUUAAUCUAGUGCUGGUCUCUUCCAAGAAGUACCAAAAAGUUAAAUUUUUUGGUUUCUAGCUGUGGGAAACAAGGUGAUAGAUCCUUUUUAAGUUUGCCAGAUGAAGUCACAGCAUCUCUCCUAGUACUCUGGGUGCUUCACAUUCAAGGAACCAGUGGUUCAAGCCCAGCAGAAAAAACUGGGUCAGCAGUGAGCUCCCAUGGAAAAAUGGCAGUGGCAGUAUUGGUGAAAGCAACUCAGUAUGAAUUGGCAAAAAAUGUUUUCUAGUAGAGUGGUGUCUGAAAAUCGUGUCUUUCUGCUUUUCUUUUUGCUUUUUAACACUCUCAUUUUAUAAAUAAAGAACUACC